AUGUCUGCGUCCAUGGAAGAAGUGCCUGUUCGCGUAAAACUUUUCUUUGACAAUCUUUCACUGCCAUGUUCUUGGGUUUUGGUAAAAACAAAAAAGUGUCCUAAAGUGAAAGAUUUUCUUUCCUACGUAAGGCGGAAGUUCAUGCCUCAGAGAGACGGGUCUCUCUCUAUCCUCAUCAAUGGCUGCACAGUCCCAGAGUGGGAAAAAUCCUCUAUAUUUCGUGAAGAUGAUAUUGUGCAUCUGUAUUUUAAAGAAAUAACACAUGUUUCCAUGGUUUCUGAUAGGUUGAUAACACCAGAAGAGUAUGCAGAAAUUUACAAUAAAGAUAAGGAUUUAAGAAAAAAGAAGAAGAGCAAAGAAGAAUCAAGCUCAAUACAAAGUAAAGAAACAGAGAGAAAAGGUGUAGAAGAUGUCAUGUACAUAUCAGGUGACGAGGAACACCAGACAAAAAAGAAACGGAAAAUAUCAACAGAAAAACAUGAAACUCUGGAGGAUGAGGAUAUGACACCAGAUAGAAGUACAAAUCACACAGAGGAUACAGUCAAACCUGACAAGAAAAAGCGUACAAGAAAACGUAAAAGGCGAAGAGAAGAGGCAGCACCUGCAGCUACUGUCAGCAACAAUUCAAUCAAUGUCAAACCUCUCAGACAACAAGUAGAUCUGAACAGUAACAUGCAUAUUAAGUUUACUUCAGAUAACGAGGAAGAACAAUCAUGUACAAUGUUAGACUCCUCAAGGACACAGGAAGACGCCCUCCAGCAGGAGGAGGAGUCACUCAGAACCAGCACUCCUGUAUAUCACAAACAUGGGGAUCAAACUGUAGAUCUCACAUACAGUGAGAGCCCAUCAGCAAUAGAUAGGCCCACUGUGACACAGUCAGUUCUAGCCAAUGGAGUGGCAGUGUUUUCUCGACCCAGAAGUCGGCAGAUCAAGAGCAAUAGUUUUAGAGAGCUGACAAAGGAACAGCAGUUGUCGACAAAACUCACCAAUAGAUCCUUUGUUUUACAGAACACCAGUCUGAGUAAUGGGAAAGAGGAAUCAGCACCAUUGACCUGUCCACAGAGGUCAUCUAGUAACGCCAGUCCUGUCAUUGCUAUUCCAGUACGCAGGGAAUACCAGCAGUUUCCAUUGCUUCAAGGCAGUCCUAAUCCUGGAGAUAAGAUAGCAUUUAAGAUGCUUGAAAUGUCUGAAAAUUACACACCAGAAGUUGGAGAUUACAAGGAGGCAGAAGUAGUCAGUUUUAACAGCUCAUCACAGAUUGUAGAAAUGAAGAUCAGUCCAGGCUUCAAUAAAGAGAGAACAUUAGGAAAAUUUGAUGUUGAUUUAAAUGAUGAAGAAACGGAUAUGGACUCAGAAGAAACAAUGGUGGAGACUCACCCUUUGACCUCUCUGAUGGAAGUGAGGCUAAUCACUGAAUGAGUCAAUUAUCAUAUAAGUUCUACCAUGCUCACCUCUUGUGAACAAAGUCACCUAAAUAUGAAUUCAUGUAUUUAAUAAAAUUACAUAUACAUGUAUUCCAUUUUUUAAAAAAGAAAAUAAACUCUCUUAACACAUAGCCUUCAUGAUUGUUUCACAUUAAAAGGAACAUUAUUUAACCCCAAGAGUAGUUUUUAAUUUUCCUGGGAUAAAGAACAAAUAUUAACAGCCUGGACUACAUGAUUUAUUUUC